CACUGGAGAGACUGAAACAAGAAGCUGCUUCUGUCUGGACGCCUGACCUUUGGCCUGGGACAGCCUGGCACUAUGGCAGACCCUCCUGGCUGCUGCCACCCCUGUGCCACCUGCCUGCUCUGCCUCUACAGCUGCCGGUGGAUCACUGCCAAGAAGGAGAAGAGGAAGGGCCUAAGAACCACCAAGUGUGACUGCAGCUGGUUCCUUUUCCUCUUUUGCGUCUUCCUCUUCACACUGGUGUGGCUCUACUUCGCCAUCAUCAUCCUCAAUGAUUUCCACAACUUCAAUGAGUUCAUCUUCAAGCAGAGGAAGUUGUGGCUAGACUGGUCCCUGGUCCUGCUCAUAGCUACGGCCGUGCUGAUCACCUACUCUGCUGUGCUGCUGGUCCUUGCUUUGUGCUUGCAGCUCUGCAGCCAGCCCUUGAAGCUACACUGGCUGCACAAGACCCUGCUGAUCUUAACUGCCCUGGUGGUGGCUGCAGCCUUCACAGGGCUGGGAAUAAAGUGGGCGGAGGAGUGGAGAAGUGCACGUAUCUCCCUGCAGGCAACAGGUCCCUUCCUGCACAUUGGAAUCGUGGGGGGAAUGACGCUCCUUGCUUGGCCCCUGGCCAGCUUCAUCUACCGCACCCGCAACACAGGUCUCAAGGUGUUUCUGCUGCUUGUGUACUGCGCGGUGAUGAUCGCGCUGUAUCUGGCUCCCCUGGGAAUCGCCUCCCCUUGCAUCAUGGAGGAGAACCAGCUGCCUCCCAAGCCAGCCCUGGUUGGCCACCGAGGAGCACCCAUGCUGGCCCCCGAGAACACCCUCAUGUCGCUGCAGAAGGCAGUGGACUGUGAUGUGCAAGUCUUUGAGACAGACAUCAUGGUGAGUGCUGACGGGGUCCCAUUCCUCAUGCAUGAUGAGGAACUCACCAGGACUACCAACGUGCAGGCUGUGUUCCCUGAGAGGGCUGCCCUGAACAGCACCUCCUUCAACUGGACAGACCUCCAGCAGCUGGAUGCUGGCAGCUGGUUCCUGGAGCGGAGACCGUUUCCCACUGUGCAGAGUCUUUCUGCUGGCGAUCGCUACCAGGCAACUAAACAGAGGAUCCCAUCCCUGGAACAGGCACUAGAGGCAGCCAAGCAGAGUAAUAUCUCCAUCAUGUUCGACCUCCGGCCUGAGAACCACAGUGACUACCAGAACUUCGUCAAUGCCACCCUGCAAGUGAUCUUACAGUCAGGCAUCCCACUACAGCAGGUCCUCUGGCUGCCGGAUGGGUUCAGGGAGCAGGUCAAACAGCAAGCCCCAGGCAUUCAGCAAGUUUACGGCCGGAAGAGACUCCAGAAUGAGAAGGAGCCACUGUUGCAUGUCAAUCUGCCCUACCAGGAUAUCAGCUCUGAGGAGAUAAGGCAGUACCGCCAGGACAACAUCUCUGUCAACUUGUACGUGGUGAACCAGCCCUGGCUCUUCUCUGUGCUGUGGUGCUCUGGGGUGAGCUCUGUCACCACCAACGCCUGCCAGGUGCUGAAAGAGAUGAAACACCCCAUCUGGCUGCUCCCCAGCAGCACAUACCUCAUGAUCUGGAUUGUUGUAGACUGUGCUUCCUUCCUUGCCAUUGUCUGGGCCUUCCUCUUGCUGAAGAAGUGCUCCCAGAGAAGACGGCCAGCAGAGUCCGAGACAGAUGUGCUGCUCACAAAGAUCAACAGCUUGAUGCAAGAGUGACCCCUCUGGCCUACAUCAGCCAUGGGGAGGGGCAGCCAGAGCCCUGCACAGCUCAAGUGGGGAGCAUUCCUCAGGCUGGCUUCGAGGGUCCUUUCCUUUGCAGACUCCUUCCUGAGCCUCCUGUCCCCCUUAGCCUUCCUGGCUCCUUGUGUGGUGCGCAACUGCCCUCAGCUGAAAAGACCUGGAACUGGGUUCCCAGUUCCCACUGGAGGAACUGGAGCCUUUGCAGGGGUUUCCUGGGGCUGGCUUGUGCUGGGGGGCUGAGUACUUAUCCAGCGGUGCUGGGGCUAAGACCUCUGCCCUGGGGUUUGAGGACUAGCGGGGAUUUGAGUUGCUGUUUGGCACAGGGGAAGGGCAGCCUCUGCCUGUCAUCAGCAGCUCUGCAGCCAUUGAUGGGAAACCUUGUUUAAAGUGCUGCUUCCCUGGGGGGUGCCCUGCCCCAUGGCUUGAGGAAUAGG